UCUGUUUUCUGAAGUUUGCUUGAUUUGUUUUGACUUUUGAAAAAGUGCUAAAAAUGAAAUAAUGAAUAUUCUUGCCGGUACUAAGUUAAGAUUGCUUAUUGUUGUACUUCAAAUUAUAUUUAUGAUCCGAUCUAGCAUAACGAUGAUAACAACUCACUUUAAAUGUCGGGGAGGUUUUUAUCCUCGCAGUAAUAUAGAAAGAUUUCCCGUACCCGAUGAGAAGGUUGGAUGGUCUACUGAAUGCAAGGAUUAUCAACCUCACAAUUAUACAGCUGCAUCUAUACAUGGACAACCCUGGGCAGAUCCUAAAAUAGGAGAGCCUGGAUUUAAUCCAAAAUGGAACAGUAUGGAUGGGAAAGUAAACAGAGUUAGCUACAUGGGCCAGUACGUAAUAGAAAAUGGAUAUCCACUGAAUCCUAUAGGAAGGACAGGUAUAAUUGGGCGAGGGGUUCUAGGGAGAUGGGGACCAAAUCAUGCUGCUGACCCAGUUGUCACUCGGUGGAAGAGGAAUGAAAAUGGCGAAAUUGUAAGGGACAAGACUAGUAAUAAGCCUAUUCUACAAUGUGUCAUAGUGAAGAGACGCGACACUGGAGAGUGGGCCCUACCAGGAGGUAUGGUAGAUCCUGGAGAGAAAGUCUCUGCUACAGCAGUCAGAGAAUUCCAAGAAGAAGCAAUGAACUCUUUAGUUUUAGCUGAAGAUCAAAAGAAGGCCUGGUUUCGAAGGUUUGAAAAGUUCUUUGAAGAAGGAAAUGUGAUUUAUCAAGGUUACAUUGAUGAUCAUCGCAAUACAGACAAUGCAUGGAUGGAAAGUGUCGCCUACAGUUUCCAUGACAACAGUGGAUCCACUGUUGGUGCAUUAACAUUGCAAGCUGGUGACGACGCUGUUGGAGUGCAGUGGGUGGACAUAACUCCUGAAAUGACACUGUAUGCAAGCCACAAACAAGUUGUUAUGGAAGUAUUUAAAAAAUACUUGGCAAACUUUGACCAAUCAAGCUAAUAUUGUUCCUGCAGCUGAACUUAAUAUUUUUUGGUUAAGUGGUAUUUUGUACAAUGGAAAUGCAUAAUUUAACAUUCUAUUCAUAAGGGCAGCAAUGAGAAGAAGAGAAUAAAUAACAAAACAGUUUUUAUCAAAAAAACUAAUUUUCUUUAUUUUCCUUUUUAAUAAGCAUACAGAAAUAAUGUGUUGUUUCCCCUUGACACAUAAUUUGAACAUUAUCACUCGACCUAUUGCACCCCAAGCAACUAAAACUUAAAUGCAAACAAUAUUUACUAAAAUUACUAUUAACUUGUUUAAGUAAACAACCAGUUCUUAUAUUUUUUCGUUUGUAAAUAUUGUGACAAAACUAAAUAGCCAAUUAUUGUCUAAACCCAACAUGCAUUUUAAAC